AUCCGACUGUCACGUUAAAUGAUCAUUUUUCCUGAUCAUAUUUGCUAGUUCUACUGCCUUGACUGUUCGUGAGUUUUGCUUUAUGAGGACUAUUUAGGCGGAGUUGUAAAGUUGCUUAGCUUGUGGCAUAAUCCCACGAUAUCUCAGAACCGUCCGAAUUUUGACUUUUGAACGCCCUUCCUUUCAACCGUCUGUGAAAACCGCACCCAGUAGAAAAUGACUGGCUAAAUAGUAUUCAUUUUCUAUGUCGGUCUUCGAUGCCUCUUUAAAACCAAAAAUAUUUUAUGGGGAACUUGCAUUAAUUGUUUCCUUUUAUCUUCAUUUAGUAGCAGUUCACGUUUUCUUCGAAUUGUUUACUUGACAAAAGGUAAUCUUUUUGUUUAAACUAAUUUCCAACUAACAGAUUUUUAAGACUAUGCAAUUCCUAUUCAAAUAGAUUUGUACCUGUCUGUUUUAUAAUGCUCCUUAAAAAGUAAACAGAAUAGUUCUAAUCUUUUGAAACAUUUUAGGAUCCUCAUAUAUGUUUCGUUGA